AUGGUAAACAACUGUUCGAUUGAACUGAUGGACGAGCUGCCGUUUACAGAAGUGUACUUGCACCCCAUCAUACGAGAUGCCCACGGUAUUAAGAUGAGUAAGAGUUUGGGUAAUGUAGUGGAUCCUUUACAUAUAGUGUCAGGGAUAACACUGGAGGAGCUUCAUAAAGCUGUGGAUAAUGGGUAUUUAGAUGAAAAGGCACUGAGUAAAGCACGUGCAGGACAGACCAAACUGUACCCUAACGGAAUUCCCGAGUGUGGAACUGACGCUCUACGCUUCGCUCUCUGCUCUUAUCUAACGCAGGCACGUGACUUGAACCUAGACGUGUUGAGAAUAGAAGGGUACAGGAAGUUCUGCAACAAGAUGUGGAACGCUGCUAAGUUCGCUCUAAUGCAGCUGGGAGACAGCUACACUGCUCCUGACAGGGACCUGAUGACCUGCAAACUGGAGACUGCUAACUUCUCUACUAUUGAUAAGUGGAUAUUGCACAGAGCAGCAGUAGCUAUAUCAGACACUAACACCUCCCUUAAAGAGUACCAGUUCCAGCAGUGCACCACUGCUAUCUACAACUUCUGGUUAUACGACCUGUGCGAUGUUUACUUAGAGGCCACAAAACGCGUCUUUUACAAGGGUAGUGAGGAUGAGAAGGAAGCAGCUAGACACACUCUCUACACUUGUCUGGAUGUGGGACUCAGGCUCAUCCACCCCUUCAUGCCCUUCAUUUCAGAGGAGCUGUGGCAGAGAUUACCUCGGCUAGGAACAGAGACAGCACCCUCACUGGUGGUAGCUUCCUACCCCCGAACUGGAGCGCUCUGGUUGGACACUCAGUUGGAGUCUAGAGUAAACCUCGUCAAAGACAUUGUACAUACCGCCAGAUCUGUGAAAGAUACGUAUUUGGAGUCAAAAGCAAAACCAGAAGUGUUCUUAUCGACCUCGGAAUCAUUGUCUGAUCUCAUAGCUGUUAUGGAGGACUUGAUAGGAAGUACUAAGUUACAUCUUAACGAGUCAAUACCCCUCGGUACUGCUGUAGGCACUGUGGGUAACAGAUGUGAAGUUCAUGUUCUGGUGAAGGGACUUGUGGACCCUGUUCAGGAGAUUAACAGAUUUGUUGGGAUUAUUGCUAUAGAUCCUUAUCCUCCCUUUUCCAGACUGCAAACUAAACGUGAAGGUGUAGAGAAGUUCGUGCAGCAGACGAAGGAAACAAUAGACAAACACACGGACAAGGUUCCGGAACACGUGCGACAAGCUAACUGCAAUAAACUCGGUUCUUUGCAAGACGAGCUGGUUACCAUAGACACAGCUAUCGCUAACUUCAGGAAACUCACUGAUAAUUAG